AUGAGCGAAGGGGUCGCCUCGCCGCCGGGGGCCGCCGCAGCUGCUGCCGCUGGCGGGGAGGCGGCGGGGGGGGCGGCGGCGGGGGGCGGCGCGGGGGGCCCCGAUCCGGCGGCCCGCGAGGUGCGCUGCGGCGACUGCCUGGUGUGGAACCGGCAGCAGACGUGGCUGUGCGCCGUGCCCCUCUUCAUCGGGGUGGUGGGCCUGGCGCUCAGCCUCAUGCUGCUCAAGUGGAUCGUGGUGGGCGCCGUCAAGGAGUACGUGCCCACCGAGCUGAUGGACUCCAAGGGCAUCGAGCAGGACCCCUUCUUCCUCUCCAAGCCCUCCGCCCUGCCCAAGAGCGCGGAGACCACCACCACCACCGCCGCCCCCACCUCCCGCAGCCCCCACCGCCUCGGCACCCGCCUCACCACCCUGACCAAGGCGCCCACCCGCUUCCCGGCCACGCGGGGCCCCAUCCGCGCCGGCCCCCCGCGCGCCUCCGCCACCACCGCCAACGCCGCCCCGCUGGGCACCACCCUCCUGGUCUCCCGCCCGGCGCCUGGCACCCCGGGGACGCCGCCGCUGCCCCUCUGGCCCACUGCGGCGUACACUACCUCCUCCUACAAGACCUAUCUGCAGGACUCGGCGCCCUCCUGGACCUUAUCGCCCUUCCAAGAGGCCGGCUCGACGACCACCACCACCACCACCGCCCCGGAGCCCCACACCAGCCCCAAAUACCAUACCACAACAUACUCCACUGAACAGUCUGAGCACUUUAAGCCAUGCAGAGAUAAGGAUCUUGCAUACUGUCUGAACGAGGGGGAAUGCUUCGUCAUCGAAACCUUAACAGGCUCCCACAAACACUGCCGGUAA